AUGAGCGCUCAUCCCCGAGCGAGGAGACCUCAUAGGAAAUCGCGUGCAGGGUGUCGCAACUGUAAACAGAGGAGGGUAAAGUGCGAUGAGCUUAAACCGACUUGUGGGAACUGCUCGCGAUUUGCCAUCCCCUGCGACUUCUCGCCAAAUCUAGCAGGGAGCCAGCAGAGCGAUGAUUUAUUAAACAAUACUCUGACUCAACGGAAGCGAGGGAGACCACGUAAAGAUUGGUCGGCUAUUACAGGACAUUUCGGACCCCACGAAGAGAUCUAUGAAAGGUCCGAAACAACAGCGCCUAGUCUCGAUCCGUUAUCAAUAAAAGGGUCGACUUCCUCGCCCCAUUGGACUGUUGAUGAACUUGAACUACUGCACCAUUAUCUGACCGAUGGGCAACUCAGUCAAGGGGACAAGCUACUAUGGCAGAUCAAAGUGCCCCGUCUAGCCUUCACUCACCACUGCGCCCUUCAUCUGAUACUGGCCGUAUCGGCCUUCCAUCUGAUGAGGCUAGAGCCGGAUCGUUCAGAACACUUCAGGAGACUUGCCGGUGUCCAUCAUUCGAUCGGGAUCCGCCAAGCAACCGAUCUUUUCCCUCGGCUUAGUAAAGAUAACUGCUCUGCGCUAUAUGUGGCUUCAGCCCUGGCUUGUGCGUGCGGUUUUGCCAGAGGAACGACGCCAGGGAAUCUCCUGGUUGUUGCUGAGGGCUGCGAGGUACCUUGGCUGGACUUACUAAGAGGAGUCCGGAUUAUUAUCGAGAAUAUUGGCCUGGAGCACGUUUUCUCAGGCGUCUUGGGUCCGUUCCCGCCGCCACAACCCGAGAAGCCGUCUAGAAAAGAGGCAUAUCGUGUCGAGUUCGUACCAUGGGAAGAGCCUUUGCAGAAGCUGUCGACACUUAUUUCGGCCGCACCCGUAUUGUCUCGCGGAAUUUACAAUAAUACCCUCGGGUGCCUAUCGUGGUGCUUCCACGAAACCUAUGGGACAUCUGCCGCUCCAAAGAAUGAAAUAAUUGGACAGUUUCAAGUUAUCAUAGCAUGGCUGUAUAAAUUAGAUGAGUGUUUCGUCGGCUUCUUGCGUGAGAAACAACCCCCAGCCCUGAUAAUUCUAGCUCAUUUCGCUAUACUACUCAGUUCACUCGAGUACUGUUGGUUCUUGGAAGGGUGGGCAAAUCAUGUUUCCCAAGGCAUCGCCGACUCCCUAGACCCGUCAUAUGAACAAUGGUUGCAGUGGCCAAGCGAACAGAUCGAUAAAUCUAUUAAAUCGCGAAGGAAUUUAGAGAAAUUCGCUGAAUAUUAA